UCCCACCCGCCGGCCAUGGCGGCCUCAACCUCGGCGGCCGCCGCCGUCUCCUUUCCUCUUCCCUACCGCCCGCACCGCGCGCUGCGCCGCCAUCGCCACCACCACCGCCCGUCCCUCCUCCGCGCCGCCUCCACCGCCGCGCCCCCGUCCCCAGACCUCUCCAUCCAGCUCUCCCCGCCUCCCCUCGUACUCUCCCCCGCCCGCGACCGCGCGGAGGACCUUCAGGCAGAGUCCCGCGCCAUGACCCGAGCCGUUGCCGCCACCGUCUACAGCCCCGAGCUCCUCGCCUCCCGCUACGGCUCCCAACCUUUUCAGGUGGCCCUGAGAGCGGCCGAGGUGCUGUCCAAGCUGGGGGCAUUCGGUCUGACGCUGCUUCUGGACCAGCAGAGGGGAGAGUCGGAGUCGUCGGCCAAAAGGCGAGCCAGGGCGGUGGAGCUGCGGACUAUAUUGACAAAGCUCGGCCCGACGUUCGUCAAGAUUGGGCAGGGACUGUCCACGCGUCCAGACCUCUGCCCCACCGAAUAUCUGGAGGAGCUCUCCGAGCUGCAGGAUUCUCUUCCCACAUUUCCAGAUGAAGAUGCAUUUGCCUGUAUCGAGAAGGAGCUUGGCCUUCCUCUUGAUUCAAUGUACUCAGCAAUGUCCCCUUCGCCGAUUGCUGCAGCAAGUUUAGGUCAAGUUUACAAGGCGCGGUUGAAAAGCUCUGGGCAGCUGGUGGCUGUCAAGGUGCAAAGACCUAGUAUCGAGGAUGCCAUAGGGCGUGAUUUUUACCUACUGAGGGGAAUUGGUUUUCUAAUUAAUAAGUAUGUUGACAUUAUAACCACUGACGCUGUUGCUCUCAUAGAUGAAUUUGCUUGUAGAGUUUUCCAAGAGCUUAAUUAUGUCCAGGAAGGCCAAAACGCACGAAGGUUUAAAAAGUUAUAUGCUGACAAGCAAGACAUAUUGGUGCCUGAUAUAUUUUGGGACUAUACAAGUGCAAAGGUUCUGACAAUGGAAUGGAUUGAAGGUGUAAAACUAAAUCAACAAGCUGCCAUAGAAAGCCAAGGUUUGAAGGUGCUGGACUUGGUAAACAUUGGUAUCCAGUGUAGCUUAAGGCAGCUCCUAGAGUAUGGAUACUUUCAUGCUGACCCGCAUCCUGGUAAUAUUUUGGCAACACCUGAAGGGAAGCUUGCUUUUCUUGAUUUCGGCAUGAUGAGUGAAACCCCAGAGGAUGCAAGAGUAGCCAUCAUAGGACAUGUUGUUCACAUGGUCAAUCGGGACUAUGAUGCGAUGGCUCGUGAUUAUUAUGCACUUGAUUUUUUGAAACCUGAAGUGGAUGUUUCCCCAAUCGUGCCUGCCCUCAAGAAUUUCUUUGAUGAUGCUUUGGACUCGACAGUGAGUGAGCUAAACUUCAAAACCAUAGUUGAUGGCUUAGGGGCUGUUCUUUAUCAGUACCCAUUCAAUGUACCGGCCUACUAUGCAUUGAUACUGCGGUCACUCACUGUCCUGGAAGGUUUGGCACUCUAUGCUGAUCCCAAUUUUAAGGUGCUCGCUGCGUCAUAUCCUUACUUUGCUAAAAGGCUACUCACUGAUCCCAAUCCAUAUCUCAGAGAUGCUCUGAUUGAGCUGCUAUUCAAGGACGGGAGAUUCAGAUGGAAUAGACUUGAAAAUCUUCUUGUUCAAGGGCGCCAAGAUAGAGAGUUCGUAGCCAAGGAUGCUCUACAACCGGUUCUGAAACUUCUACUCGGUCCAGAUGGGGAGAGUUUAAGAGUGUUAGUUGUGAAAGAAGCAGUCCGUGUCACAGAAGCCAUCACCUUCGGAACACUAAUUGAUUCGUACAACGCAGCUCCAGAAUUUUUGAAGCCUCUAAUUUCCAGUGACAAUCCAGCCGGGCCCUUUAAGUUAAGUGAUGUUGAGCGGGAACAAAUGAUGGAGCUCCGAGGCAGGGUUCUCAGAAUAUGGGGUCUUUUGAGAUCCUCUGAUAGCUUUGAUCCUAGUCUUUUGCAGCCAAUUGUACAGGUGCUACAAGAGCCAGAGGCCCGUGUGUUUGGUUCUCGUGUUGCUGGUGGCGUCACGCAGCGCCUUGCGGCUCGUUUGUUGCAACAGCUGCUGAGGAUUCCACCUACACCUGUCCCUGGAUCUUCGUAGUAGAUAGGCCCACACUAAACCAUGUAAAGUCACACGACACUUUCUACGGGAAGAAAAAAAGGAGCAAGUGUAAUUUGUAGUCAAAGUAUAAAGGUAUUUCCCUCAUUGAUCUU